AUGAGCACGUUAUAUGGUGCACGAGAUAUGCGAACACACCCUGAUGGCAGCCCAACGAGUGUGGUUUUGCCAGGGGGCACAGUUGCAGCCCUUUCUCACCUGCAGGACAUCAAAGAAGAAGAAGACAUAGAAUUAACCAAGCUGGACAGUAACGGCAGUUGCUUGAGCAAAAAUAAAGGCUCUCCGAAUUCAUCUUUAUCAAGUGGUGGACGCCACCAGCUCGAGAGCACUACAAUUAGCUCGCACAGCGUGUCCAUUCAGAAUGAUAAGCUAAGUAUUAUUGCUGGAAAAGCGGGAAGCAUCGACGACCUAUCGCUGUUACCUCCAUUACCAAACACUAUUGAAAAUGUUAUUUCUACGCAUCCAUCAUUGACAGUACGGGAUGAUCUUGAUAAUGAAAUCAGUUCACGUAAAAUCGACAUUAGUAUUAGCAAUGAUGAUAAUAAUGACAGCAUUGGCAACGGCGAUGGCAGCAAUAAAUUCAAUGAAAGUCAUAACAACAAUAAUAACAACAAUAAUAAUAAUAAUAAUGAUAAUAACAAUCAUAAUAACAAGAAUAACCAACUGCAUAUCGAUCGAGUAAACGAUCAACCUCAUAGCAUUAUAGAUACUGAUAGCAUACAACCAGGAAGUCUGAAACAACAGCUUAGAGAUCCGGAGAAUUUUUUGAGCACCAUCGAACAUGAUAAUGAUAUUAUGAAGGGUCUCGGUGCACCAUUCGACCUUUCGAAAGCUCUGGAGAUUCCUACCUCCUUUAAAACAACACCAGGAACAAUGGGUAACAAUCCUCUCGGCGGCAAUAUCAAGAAUCAAGAAAUUAGUGUGAAUACUACUUCUACUGAUGCUAGCAAUAGCGUCGGAGUCGGCUUUGGCAUUGGGAAUUUUAACUCCACAACUCAUUCAUCAAAUAAUAAUAGUGAUUCUUCCACUUCAAUUAUUGCAACACCCAAGACCAAUUCAUCUAAAAGAAAGGGCUCAAAUGUUUUAUUGAGCUCUGACACCCAUAAUGCAUUAUCACAAGGUUCAUCACCAAUCGAUCUAUCACAAUUCCACGAUUCCAAGAUUAAUGGAUUAAGGAGUAAUAGUAAUUCAAAUCCAACAAGUUUCCAAUACUUCUUACCCAGUUUUAACGCAGGACUAGAUGCUACAUCACUCGAAAGUAGUACAAACGAAAAUUUCAAUCCCUUCUCUUCAAAGAUAUCAAAUGAUAAAAGAUCAAACAAAAAAUUUAGUACUAAUAAUAGUAGCAGUAGCUCAUUUUCCAAUGCAUCGGUAUCAGAUGAGCUGUUAUACAAAAUACCACCACCAAAAUUGCAGAGACCAUCAUGUUCACGCUCACGUUCAAACUCAAAUUCGAACUUAGUAUCGUCAACACUUUCGUUGGAUGGACUGAAUCAUGAAUCAUCCGUAACAUCAACGAACACUGCAACUAACAGUUUUUUUCCUCGUGAUUCAAAUAAAAACAUUAAAAAAUUACCUUUAUUGAGAAGAGCUUCGACUGCAUUGUUAAGGAAAACCUCGAUGAAAAAUAAUGGCACAAGUAAUUUUGAUAAGGAUUUUCAAAGAAGUAGAAGUGCAUCAACAACACCAAUAUUACCAAAUUCUUCAUUUUUUGAUGCGGACUCGGUUAAAAGAACUCCACCUUUAAAUAAACAGAAAUACUGUUCAUCACUUAUGGAAAAAGACGACAGUAUAGAUUACUUCCCAAAAUGUCUAUCGGAUGCUGAAGAAGAUGAUUUACAUUAUGUUACACAACUAAAUGAUUCUUAUAGACCACCGUCAAGGAAUCCUUCAAUUCGAUCCCGAAUGCGAAAGGGUAUUUCCAGGAUUAUGAGCUCAGGCGGGUCCGUUAAAAGAGCAGUAUCCUCAUCAUCUCUGAAAACUGAUAUGUUAGCACAGAAUGAAGACAGGAUUGGGAAAGGAAUUGGUAAUGGCAAUGGCCAGUCAAAUGAUAGUGAGAUGAACAUGAGGAUGACUCAAGUAACAGCUCUUUCGUCUCCACUUGAAACAUUUUCAAUUGAAAACCGUAUAAGCCCGAAGAAGAAAGAUGCAUUAGUACUAAUGGGUGAAUCUUGCUCAAAUUCGAGUUCAACAAAACGCAGUUCACCAAUCGAUGUUAGAUCAAAAGAUCCUAUUACAAACGUUACACCAAUUUCUACUUCAACAAUGAUGUCACCAGUGGCAUCAGCGGUAAUGCAAAUAAAUGAUAGUUUGGACAAAAACGAUGAUGCCAGUUCAACGGGGCAUAUUGAGUUAACCAAUGAACAAUUUAAUAGUUCAACGGAUAAUGAAAUACACGGUUUAAGGGAGAAAUGUAGCACUAAAAAACUACAAAUGGGAAAAAAUGAUGAUGAAUAUGAUGUAACUGUCGAUUUGGAUAAAUUGACAAAAUCUAUUCCGGUAAUAACUGUCACGGAUAAAAUUAAUUCGAGAUCCUGUGUAUCAAUUCAGCAACAGUCAAAUAUAUCUUUGGAUGCUGUGUAUAUGGGACGUGGGAAGAAAAUUCAUAAACAGUUUUUUUCUGGUACAGAAAUAGGUUCGAAAAAUGGGUCAGAUAAACCAGAAAUGAUGACAUUAAAGGAGUACGUGGGAAUUUUGAUGAAACAACAACAAGUAGAAGAUGAGAGAUUGGCUUUACUCGAGAGAAAUUUUACUGAAUCUGGUUGGUGUUCCAAAGAUGAUAUAAGAUCAAUUAAACAAAAAAGAAUCAUCAUUAGUAAAAGAUGGGCUGAAAGAAUUUCUUUCUAUCAAAGCAAGCUAGAUUAUUGA